GUACUGAAGACCUCAGGGCUUCACGGCAGCAGGUAGUGAGCAGCAGCAACAAUGGAGGCCAUAUUGUCGCAAUGGGUUCAGAAGUAUCACGAUUUCAUGAAAGGAGCAGACGCACAGAUACAGGAUUACCCCCUUAUGAAGUCUCCUAUCCUCCCUGGCGCCAUACUGCUAAGUUAUGUGUUCUUUGUGUUGUCCCUUGGACCACGAAUUAUGGCAAAUCGGAAGCCAUUUGACCUGAAGCCAUUGAUGGUUGUUUAUAACUUUGGCCUUGUGGCAUUUUCUGCUUUCAUUGUAUAUGAGUUCCUCAUGUCGGGUUGGUUAACUGGGUACACGUGGCGCUGUGACCCUGUGGAUGUGUCCGAUAAUCCAAUGGCCUUAAGGAUGGUUCGAGUUGCCUGGAUGUUCUUGUUCUCAAAAUUUAUUGAGCUCCUCGAUACUGUUUUCUUUGUCUUGAGAAAGAAGAAUGAGCAGAUCACGUUUUUGCACAUCUUCCAUCACUCUGUUCUGCCCUGCAAUUGGUGGUGGGGAGUGAAAUUUGGUCCAGGCGGUAUGGGCUCUUUUCAUGCUAUGAUCAAUUCCCUGGUUCAUGUCAUUAUGUACUUAUACUAUGGACUGUCUGCUGCUGGACCACGUUUCCAGAAAUACCUUUGGUGGAAGAAACACAUGACAGCCAUUCAACUGAUCCAAUUUGUAUUGGUCUCCAUUCACAUCUCACAGUAUUACUUCAUGCCCAGCUGUGGGUACCAGUACCCCAUCUUUAUUCACCUCAUCUGGAUUUAUGGCACAGUCUUCUUCAUGUUAUUUUCCAAUUUCUGGUACCAGGCCUACACCAAGGGAAAACGUCUGCCGAACGGUAAUGCAGCUGUCAAUAGCGCCAUACAUCAGAACGGCAAAGCCAAAAAUGGCAAACCCAAGUCCAACUAGACCCAAGCACCUGAAGACGUGAGUGUGCGAAAUCUUCAUACGCACAAAUGCAGCAGGUGCAAAGGAAGGUCUUGCCACCAUUAUUAACAUGCCCAGCUGUGUGAUGGCCAGUAAAAAUAAACUGCCAAACUGUUAUCUGAGUGCAACUGGGGAAUUCACCAGCCAAAUGAAGUGCCUAAAAGACUGUUUAAACCAAAAGUCUGAAUCCAAGCUACCCUAUGUUCCUUCCCUCUGCUAUAGCUACUCUUUCUGCCUGCAGUAUGAAGACACUCCUGAGCAGUCCAUGAAGAAUCCAGCCCACUCCAGCAAUGCAAUAAACCACAUGUAUGUGCUCUUUACUGUACUAACCGGUCCCACAAGGUUACCGGCUGUCAGAUUCCAGUAAAUCUGGGUCAGACAGAUGACAUUUCCUCACUAACUCCUGUUUGCUUUCAUAUCACUUUGCAGUGGAAAUGUUUUUUGGUUUUAGGGAGAUAUUUCUGCAUUGCUAAGGAAAAGUGCAUGGAUUCUGAAAUACUUGAAUACAGGGACAUCUGUGAGUUGUACAUUUA